AUGACUGUGCAUAUCUUUUGCUAUUUACCUCGUAGGAGCUACCUCAAUUUCCAUGUUCAUCUCCAGGUUCAGGGAUUGACCAAGUGGCCGUUGAAUUCGGCCUUGCAUUGCCUACCUGGACAUCGUGGUACUCGCUGUGUGGUCCACUACUACUACUACUACUACUAUUACUACUAUUACUACUAUUACUACGACUACUACUACGACUACUAUGGUAUGGUCGAGACUCUCGAGGUCCACUGCGGUUGA